UCAGGAGGAGGGGGACGGAGAGCAGAACCAGGGGUCAGACCCCAGCACCACCCAGACCAGGAAGAUACACUCCUCCUCGCCUCCGUCUUCAUCGUCAUCAUCAUCAGCCCCUACAACCACCCCUCCCAUCCCAGCCAACCCUCAGACUGCGCCAGCCAAACAGCAGGUCCCUGUGAACCUGGGCUAUAAGAAGUCAGACACCCUACCGGAGAAACCAAGGCACCCUGACCCACCUGAUGCCCACAGCAAACUACUCUCACCUGCCCAAAUGGACCAGGCAACCCCCUCUGACCCCACAGCUUCAUCCCCCCAUUCCCCCCCUCCCUCAUCACCCCAUUCCCCCUUGGUAAAGGACCCUAGCGGUGAGGCAGGUGUUAAGGGUGAGGGAGGUAUGCUGAAUGGGGGAGUACCUACAGUCACCUGCCAUCCUACCAGACUCACAAAGGUCAAAGGUCACAAACAGAACUGUUCUUCCUCAGCUGCCCCCACUAACGUGAACUCAACAACAAGACCUCCAGCCUCCAGCCCCCAUCAGGCUGACCUUGCAGCCCAGGACAGGACUACAGGCUUCAGCUGCCCUCCUACACCGCCCCCAUCCACACCCCUACUUCCAGACCAGAGAGGAGCCCCAGUGGCUGAUGGGAGACUGAGUCCUGCUGCCUCCCUCACCAGCCUGAGCAAGGGACCAUUACUACCGUCCUCUGUGGGAAAUGAGAGAGGGAAGGAGGAGAAAGCCAAGAAGAAGAAAGAGAGAGAUGACAAAGCGAGGGGUGAGAAAGGGAAGGGUAAGAGAGGGGAGAAGGGGAGAGGGAAGGAGGACAGAGGGAGGAAUGAGAGUCCAAAGAUGGACAGAGAUGAGAGAGGGAAGGAGGGAACUGGGAUGGAUGAGAGCGGAAGGGAUAUGACGGGGAAGGAGGAGAGAAAUGGGGACGAGGACAAGGAAAGAGAGAAGCCCAGAGACUUAAGGAUGAAUAAAUCGCCCUCUUCUACAAAGUGUCAGAUGUUAUCUGCUGUUCAGAGCAGGAAGACGGGUACACCCAGCCCAGACCUGACCAGCGGAACAGGGGAAUCAGAUGAUACUGGUGUCCCCUCAAGACCGACUGUCUCUCCCUCCAACCCAUCCACUGCCUCCUCUCCCCUCACCUCCCUCCCUCCUCCCUCUCUCUCUCUCCACUCUUCCUCUCCUCCUACCUCCCCCCGAGAGCAGGACAGCCGUCCGCUGAAGAAGCGUAAGACCCGACGGCCAAGCUGGACCAGGCUGGUGAACCGGGCACAGAGACUGGCAGAGAACCCAGAUGGCCCCCAAGAUGCCCCCUUAGUUGCCCCACAGACCCCCACUAUCCCCCAGACACCCGCAACUACCAACUCACCCAACCUUCGGUCAGCUGAGUCAUGCCUAGCCCCCUCCGUUCCCCCACACUCCAGUCCGUCCUCCCUCUCCCCCUCUACCUCCACUCCUGUGAGACCCAGACCAGCAGGGCGACCCCCAUCCCCCACCCAGUCUCACAUGUUGACCUCUGACCCUAGCCCUUCACCUGGACCUGACCGUCCCGUCUCUCAGGCCAGAAAAAGGGGUCGCCCCAAAUCCCAAACCUCGAGCUUGGACGAACCCCAACCCAGACACUCCCCCAAACUUACCCGAGCUGAGAUGCUCCCUCAUGGGCAUGAUGAGACUCCAGACCCCCAUGUGCUCAACCCAGUGCUGGAUCACAGUCCCACCCUCACCAAUCCCUCUAGCCCCAAACCCACGCCCAGGAAACGAGGUCGCCCCAAACGGCUGCCCCCCUCCCCCCUCCUCCCCAAACAGACUCUCCAGGACCAGAACACGGAUACACUGACCCCCUCUGGAGGUGAGGAGGGGGGUAAAGACUUCCCCUCUGAAAAGGGGAACAGGAAGCUGAGGAUGAGGAGCAUCAUUGGAGAGAUGAAGAGGAGGAAGAAGAGGAGGCUACUCAGGGAAAUGCUUUCUGGGUGUGGAGGGGGGAAGGAGGGGAGAGGAAGAGAGGGAGGUAGAGAGAGCUCUCGUGGGUGUGCAGGAGGGGUGUGUGGGUCGGCCACAGCACCCUCCCUGUCCUCCUCCUUUGGGGGUAAACUAGGUCCCCAGAUCAACGUGAGUAAGAGGGGGACCAUCUACAUGGGGAAGAGGAGAGGACGCAAACCCAAAGCUCCAGCUAACUCUAACCCUGCCUCUCAGUCCACACUGUUCACCAGUCUCUCUAGUCCCUCUCUCUUCUCCUCUCCCCAGCCCCAGCCCCAUCCUCCCCUCUCUCACCCAUUCCCCUCCCCAUCUCUCACCCACUCCAGUGGAGCCCAGAGCCCUUACAGUGAUGGAGGCUGCACAGAACCAGCUCCCUCCCUCUUCCUCCCCCACACCUUCUCCCUCCCCUCACCCUCCUCCUCCUGCGCAUCGCCACGUCCUCUCUCCUCCUUCUCCUCCUCCUCAUCCCUCUCUCCCUGCCUAAAGAGGAGUUCUCCAGGUCAGGGACGACAUCCCCUCUUCCACCAUCCCUCCAGCAGACUCUCUUCUCCUCCUCUUCCUCACCCUCUUUACCCCCAUCUGCCUGUCUUCCCCACACACCUGAAAGAGACCACACACUCACCUAUCAGUAAAUCACACAGCAAGGAGAUGUUGCCUAGUGACAGUGUGAUUGGAAUGGACCACAACACUAUCUCAGAGCGGGGGGAGAGAAGGGGCCGAGGGAGAGGGGGGGUAACCAUGGGAAUGACCUCAGAUGUCACCAGGUCAGUGUUCCGGACAGGUUUAGGGGUCAACCUGAAGGGUCAGAGACAACCCUCGCCCUCCAUGUUACUAGAACACUCCCCCCCUGUACCCUCACCCAUCAGAGUGUCAGCCUCACCCCCCUCUCCCCCCUCUGCCUCCCCCAGACACACGCCUCCUUCUGACUUAGUGGAACCCAGAGACAGGCACAGGCGGAGGGGGUAUGAAUGUCCCUAUACCUGCCCCCCCUGCCCCUGCCUAGGGCACAACCAGCGCUCCCACCUGGCCCUCUGCCCCUGCCUAGGGCACAACACACACAAGAGACAGAAACACAAACGCAAGAGGAAGUACCAGCACCUGCUCAUGCAUGCGCACGACCCAGACUUCCUCUCUGAACUGGACGAUCUCAUUGGGCAGUUCAGCAAGGUCCGCAUCGGGCGCCACCGUGAUUGGGCCAGAGCUGGAUUGGGGCAGGAUCUCGAUGAGAGUGGGGGGAAAAGACGCCACUCUUCCUUAUUGUCAUCGCAAAAUUUCCACUCAAACGUUUACAGAAUCAACUUGAGUGGAUACUACUCGCCUCACCCCCUGUCUUACCCCCCUCACCCCUCCCUCUCCCCGCUGCACCCCCACCCCUGCCACGGCCUGCUAAAUGGCAGCAGAAAGCCAGAGCAGAGGUUGAGGUGUGGCUGUCCCACCAAGCCCUGUGAGUCCCUAGACCAGGGUGACUGUGGCCAGGGGCGGAGGUGUGCCUUACAGGGUAUCACAGGGCACAUCCACCCCUCCUCUCUCAGUACCCCCCUGUCCUCCUCCACCACCUCUUCCACCACCCCCAUGCCUCUGGGUUUUGGCUACUACAGAGGCUAUCCUCUGACCAUGGCCCAUUACCCAAACCCACACCCCUCCUUUCCCCUGCCUCCCCCUCACCCCUAUGCCCCCCACCACCCCCACCUCCACCCCCCUCACCUCCUCCUCAACCCAGCCCGGUUCCACAGGAGGAGGAGCAGGCAGCUGAGGGAGGCUGGGUUGGGUGGAGGUGGAGGUGAGGACAUGGGGGUUAGGGGUGAGGGAAAGAGGGCCGGGGUCCGUUCCUGUCCAGCAGGGUCCAUCCCUAGUCGGUCCUGUGUCUAUGGGGGGAGUGAACACAAGCUCAGACACAAACAUCGUCACAGACAGCGUGAUCGUGACGGAAAGGAAGAAGAGGACGAGAGAGUUGCAGGGUCACAGCUAAGGUCAGAGUUCACCACAGGGUCAGGAGGAAGUAGAAAGACUGGAGGACAAGGGAGUGCUGGGUUGAUGGAGUCUCCAUGGCAACAUAGGCACGGCAAAUACCCCUCUUCUUUCUUCUCUGCUUCUGCUAAACCAGCCUCUUCAUCAUCAUCAUCAUCAGAGAGGCUCAAACACACACCCCUCACCUGUCUAGGCUCCUCUCACCUGUCCUCGUUUGGGGAGGGCUGGGGGGUUCGGCAGAACCCCUGGCUGAGGACAGGGGGGCUGGGGGCUGGAUUCAGACCCCCCGAACCCACCUGGGGCACUCUGACAGAAGGGCAGAGGACGGCCGCUGUGUGGGGGUCAGAGAGAGAGGCGGGGGAGAGACACACACCCUGUCACAGCACCUUCACCCCCCCGACACACACCAACCUCUUCACCUCCUCUGCCACCAGUGGGAGGGGCAGGAGGAGCGGAAGAGACAAUUGGAGACCAGGGAGUCAAGACGGGUCACCGAGGAGUGAGAAGCCAUCACAGACAGAGAGGAGAGGCACAGACCCACACUAUGACCUGAGCAGGAGGCAACUGAAGUGGCUGAGAACCGGUCAAAGUUUUGGGGCUAAGAGAGGGCCUGGACGACCCAGGAAGAAACCUCUAGCCUCCCCUUUGGUCUCCCCCUUCCUCUGUCCUACAAGCCAACCAAACCCUCCAACUGAGACAGACGUCCAGAACAGAGACAGAAACAGAGGGGGAGGAGAUUCAGUACAAGAGGUGAUUGAAGCUGUGAUUCAGAGCCAGAGGAGGAGAAGACGGAAGAGGAGGCGCAUUGAGAAAGAGGAGUUUGAGCAUCCAUCCUGUCUCCAAAGUUCUGGUGAAGGUGAGCCAGUCACCCACACCCCCUCCAUAUGCACAGGCCAAUCAGAGCUAACCCAAACUCCAUCCCUAACCCCGGCCAGCCAAUCAGAUAAGGGAGCUGACCAGCUGCCUAGGAAGAGGUUUCAGAGGGCGGGGCUCUACUCAGAUGACUACAAAACUACAGAUCCCUCCUCUCAGAACCAGCUGAACAGAGAGAGACUGGAAUAUACACCAGGAGAACAAGACUACAGCCUCCUGCCUGCUCCCAUACAUGUUGGGAAGUACCUAAGAAUGAGACGUAUUGACUUUCAGUUGCCCUUUGACGUCAUGUGGCUCUUCAGGCACAACCAGCUCCACAAAGAGCCAGAUGUUCCUCUGACCAGAGAGAUCUCAUCCUACCAACCAAAAGAGAAGAGCCUGUCCAGUCACCAGACAGGGGUGUCCCUCCCUCCCUCUCCCCAGGAGGAGUGUUCCAGUCACCAGACAGGGGUGUCCCUCCCUCCCUCUCCCCAGGAGGAGUGUUCCAGUCACCAGACAGGGGUGUCCCUCCCUCCCUCUCCCCAGGAGGAGUGUUCCAGUCACCAGACAGGGGUGUCCCUCCCUCCCUCUCCCCAGGAGGAGGGUUCCAGUCCCAGUAGGAAGCUGUUUCCCUACCUGGACAUGGAGCCUAUGACCACCAGUGACGGGGUGUUCGUCCUGAAGCACCACGUGUUCCUUUUGAGGAACUGGGAGAGGGUCAGAGACAGACAGAUACGCCUGAGGAGGGGGAGAGAGGGGGAACGAGAGAAAGAUGGAGGAGGAGUUUCCAGCUAUGUAGCUACUGGGGACAACAACAGCCACAUCAUGUCAGGUCGACAAAUGGCGGGGAAGAAGAAGGUUGUGUGGACUAGUGAGCCCCUUCGUGAUCCCCAGUGCCCCCAUAACCCCCUCAGCACCACGCCCCAUCUCACUGAGAACAGACAAGAGGAGAAGAAACAGGUGGAGGAGGAGGGCUGGAGGGAGGUCCGGAAGGAGCGACUGAACAACAUACUCUUGAAGCUGCGGCAGACAUGAUUGGUGAGAGAGGACAAGGAAGGAAGGAGGGGGGAAAUCUCAGCUCAGUCUCUCUUCUUCUUCCAAGUAGCUCAGUUCAGCUAACUUUGCACUAGUGUUGGGGGGAAAAAGCUUCCCUGAAAUGAUUUGUUAUAAAGAUGAUUUUGGGCUUUGUUUCUGAGAGGAAUGAGGGUGUUGUUGUUUACUGUACCAUUGAGAAUGAUUGACAGACGGUCAGCAGACCAGUGACAGUCUGAUUUACUAGUCAGAGAGGGCGGAAGGGAUGGAUGGAGACCAUAGAGUCUUAAGGCUGGAUUAAAUUCGUAUUGUGGAAGAUCCGCGUUAUAGCUCGAUUUAAAUGUAAAGGAAAUGUUCCCGUGUUCUCGCAGACUACAUUCACGGUAAACGCUGCAUGUCGGCUCAAUCUGAAAUUACCAUGACAAUAUAAUUUUUUACAAUUUUACCCCUUUUUUUGUGAUAUCCAAUUGCGAUCCAAUUACGAUCUUGUCUCAUCGCUGUAACUACCCAAUGGGCUCGGAUAUGUGAAGGUCAAGUCAUGCGUCCUCCAAAGCGUGACCCAAGCCGCGCUUCUUAACACCUGCUUGCUUAACCCGGAAUGUGUCGGAGGAAACACCGGCCAACUGACGACUGUCAGCUUGCAGGUGCCUGGCCUGCCACAAGGAGUCGCUAGAGGGCGAUGAGCCAAGUAAAGGCCCCCCCGGGCCAAACCUUCCACUAACCCGGACAACCUUGGGCCAAUUGUGCGCCGCCCUAUGGGACUCCCGGUCACAGCCGGUUGUGACACAGCCUGGGAUCGAACCCCAGGCUGUAGUGACACCGCAACACUGCGAUACAGUGCCAUAGACCGCUGCCAUAGACCGCUGCACCACUUGGGAGGCCUACCUCUACAUUUUUAUGCAGAUCUUCUGCGAUACUUCCGCGAUACACAGCACUUCGGGUUUGAUUCAAUCCUUGACGCUGAAGUUCGGCGCUAUAGCGUGAUUCAGGUGUAAAAGUAAUUUUCAAUUGAGCCGACAUAUGCAGUUUUUACCGUGAAUUCAGUCUCCGCUAACGCGGGAACAUUGCCUUUAAUGUUCUCUUCAGCUCUACGUAUUGAAUCGAGCCUUUAAUGUAAAAGUGCCAUGUUGUAAAUAAACUGACGCCUAAGUGAGUUCAAUCUCCAAAAGCAAUACGUCCUGUAAGGAUUUCAGUACAAUAACUUUAAUAUCACUACCAGUACCAGCUAGAGACCCUUCUAUGUAUCAAACCAAGUAGUUUUUAUUGCCUUAGUGAAUAUGAUCAUUUCAAGAUCGUUAUAUUGUACCAAUGAUAAUGCAGUAACAUUGACCUAAGUAAUGUAAUGAAUCAAUUUCAUAAUUGAUAGUUAUUAUCUAAGCGUUAAAGUUAAUAGUUAAAGGCCUUCAUUUUGCUACAAAGUGUUAAACAUAACUGACCUAUGUUAAAUAUUGCUAUGAUUGUAUAUGACUUUCUUUUCUUCACCUGUUUACUUUUUCUGACUGAUGGAAUGUUCUCUUUUUAUUUGGUCAGACAAUCAGGAAAAUGAAUUGAAUCUGAGAUUUGUAACCGUUCAUUUGUACAGUUCUCUUUGCUGCAGUUUCUAGUUUGACUUUGAACACUAAGUUGAAUGUUUUAUAGUUGACCUGUGUAUUUGCUUCACUCACUAUUGCCAAUGGGUGAUUAGGAAUAUUAUAGCAUUUAUCAAUAUAGUGAAGGGUUAUUUAUGUAGUUUGCAUGAAAUGUAACUUUGGGCUGGAUUCAAUCCGUAUCGCGGAAGAUCGCAUUAAAGUGUAAAGGUCAUUUCCGAUUAAGCCGACAUAUGCAGUGUUUAUCGUGAAUGCAGUCUCCACGAACGCGGGAACAUUGCCUUUAAAUUUAAAUGGAGCUAUAACGCAGAUCUCCCGUGAUACUUCUGCGAUGCGGUGAGAAUCCAGCCCUUUGUUGUACAAUUUAAAUUGCUGUUUAUAACCUGUCUUUGGAGAAAAUACCACAGUUCAUCUGACAGAAUGUAAUUUCAAACAUUGACCUUAUUAUCAAUAACAAUAAAAUGGCGUUUUUGUUUA